AUGUAGAAUCAUAAUAUUGACAUUGAAUUUCUUGAUAGUGAUGAAGAAUCUAAGAAUAUUUAAAUUAAAUAAUAGUGUACACAAUAUGAAGAUAUUCCAACUCCUAAUAUCUUUGGAAUUGUCAUAAUUAAUCAAUAUAGCAAUAAAGUUUAACAUCAUAUAUCAAGAAGAGAUGUAAUUACAGCUUUAGAACACAUUGUAAUUAAAAUAUUGAAAGGAUCAAUGGUAAUUUAUAUAUUCUAAUAAAUAGAAAUAAAUAAGACCAAUUGAUGUUAAGAUUGAACCUAUUUUAUCAACUUCUGUUAAAAAGGCUUGUUGUAUAUUAUAAGUAGGUGAAAACAUAAUUCAAUAGUUAAAAGAAUAUCAAAUGCCUUUACAGUUUAGUGAUAAAGAUCCAAAAAAAGGUUUGAUUGUAAUUUAUGAAUUUAAAUUUUUUGGAUUUAACGAAUUUAAUUAAUGUGAUUUACUGAGCAAUGGAAAAUUUGUUAAGGAAUUUUCUGUUAUCAAACCAUAUAAAGAGACUUAAAGAUUUACAUCUAUAAUUUUGUGCAUAAAUAAAAUUGAUUUAUAGAUUUAUGCAAUCAAAAAAGUAAGAUUAAUGGGAGAAUUUACUUGGUAAAGAUUAUUUUAUAAUUAAAUUACUUAAAUAAGAGAAGUUAAAGCUAUGUUAAGACUAUAACAUCCAAAUGUAAUUAGAUUAUAUAGUUGGUGGAUUGAAAAAGAGAUUAAUUAAAGAAAUUAGUAAUGUUUUUAUCUAUAUUUGCAAUAAGAAUAUGAUUCAUAUUUAGGUUGUAAUGAUUUAUUGCAAUUUAGUGUGAAGUAUCUAUUAAAUGCAUCAGUAUAAUUUAAAAGAAAAAUUAUCUAAUCUUUAAUAAAUUAAUUAAUAUCUGGUUUGGAAUAUAUUCAUGGUUAAGGAUUCUUUCAUAGAGAUUUAAAAUUAGAAAAUGUUCUUGUUACUAGGGAUAAUGCUGGUGAUGUAUCCUUAAGAAUUUGUGAUUUUGAUUGGAGCAAAACUCAUUUAAAUGAUGAUGGAUAAAAUAAUAAUUGGCUACUACUUAGUAAAGAUUAUGGCAUAGUAGAACUCAACAAUGGAAUAUAAGAGAAAGGAAUUGUUUAUGAUGCUAGAGAAGAAUUGUUUUAAGUUGGAAUAAUUAUAUUAGAUCUUUGUGAUCCAAGUUUAACUAAAGAAUAAAGAAUUCUAAUUCAAAUGAAUGCAAAAAAUAAGUAAAAUUUAUGGUUAUAUUUAUAGUUAAUUUAGACCCCACAUUCAAUAAGAUUAUCAACCUGAGUUAUAAAUUAUAUCAGCAUUACUUAGAAAGGAAUAUAAAUCUGUAAAAGAAUUAAGAAUUUCACCUCUUUAUAAUAAAUACAUCCAAAUGUGA